AUGACCAGCAAAGACUACUACUUUGACUCGUAUGCUCAUUUUGGCAUCCACGAAGAGAUGUUAAAGGACGAAGUCCGAACCAUUUCGUAUCGCAAUUCCAUGUAUCAGAACCGUCAUUUGUUCAAAGACAAAGUUGUUUUGGACGUUGGCUGUGGUACUGGUAUUCUAUGUAUGUUUGCUGCUAAAGCAGGAGCAAAGAUGGUGAUUGGUGUCGACAUGUCCAACAUCAUCGACCAUGCCAAAAUUAUUGUGCGCGAUAACCAUUUGGAUGACAAGAUCACUUUGAUCAAGGGCAAGAUGGAAGAGGUUAAACUGCCUGUCGACAAGGUUGAUAUCAUCAUCUCCGAAUGGAUGGGAUACUGUCUUCUCUACGAGUCUAUGCUCAACACUGUUCUGCAUGCUCGUGACUUGUAUUUGGCACCUGGCGGUCUCAUUUUUCCAGACAAAGCAACCAUGUGCGUUGCAGCUAUUGAAGAUGCUGAUUACAAGGAGCAAAAAAUUGGUUUUUGGGAUAGUGUGUAUGGCUUUGAUCUUUCUCAUAUCAAAUCGAUUGCUAUUAAAGAACCCUUGGUCGAUACUGUUGACCAAAAGUCGGUUGUGUCUGAUGCAUGCGUCAUCCGUGAGCUCGAUCUCUACACAGUCACUAUUGAGGACUUGAAAUUCGAUGUUCCAUUCCAGCUCAAAAUUAACCGUGCUGAUUUUGUUCAUGCAGUCAUUUGCUACUUUGACAUUCAGUUCACUGCUUGCCACAAAAUGAUUCAGUUUUCCACUGGACCUCACGCAACAUACACCCACUGGAAACAGACUGUGUUUUAUUUGCAUGACGUUUUGGCUGUCCGUGAGGAUGAUGUUAUUACUGGCCAGUUUUCGCUUGCACCCAAUGCUGAUAACCAACGUGAUCUCGAUAUUAGAAUUCAAUACAACAUGAAUGGUCAGGAAGAACAAAAGUCUGGUGAUCAUUCCUACAAAAUGUGCUGAUUAUAAUCAUAUCUAUAAACCUCAAGUUUCUUUACCUAAAUUUCCUUUAACAUCACAGCCGUACUCACGUAAAAUAGAACACUUGUAUUUAUCUUGCAACGACUGCCUCUAUUUUGCUCUGGAAUAAAAAUGGUUAAAUAUUCGUUAUACUU